AGAGUCACGGACGGCCCAGCGUGAUCUCUUGAACUUCCGUGCUCAGCUCUCUUACGUGCUCAGCGAGCCAUCGGAGAUCAUCAGCCUUCCUUCUUUGGAAAUCCAAAGCUAGGGUUUUGACUCCAGAGUUCUAGCCCUUCUGGAGCUUUAACCUUAACCAUGGAAGGCGCCGUCCGCUGUCAGCCUCUUCAGUUCAUCUACAAAGCUACCGAUUUUGGCCCGCGAUCCUGCUUUCUCGCUGCCCGGUCGUCUGUCGGCGGCAGAUCUCUUCGUCGUGAUGAAUGCGUGAAGCGUUUCGGUUUGAUCUCGGAUAAUAAGAAAAGAGGGGAGCUUGGAAUUAUGGAAAAGGGGAAAGUGAGGAGGGAGAUUAGAGGAUCGUUAAAUUCUUCUUCGGGGCAUUUAGGGCCCUUAGAUUCUUCUUCUGAGCUCGCUCCCUUGCAAUUGGAGUCCCCGGUGGGGCAGUUUUUAUCGCAGAUCCUCCUCAGCCAUCCCCAUCUUGUUCCGGCCGCAGUUGAUCAGCAGCUCGAACAGCUUCUCACAGAGAUGGAGGCUGAGAAGAGCAAGGAAGAACCCAACUCUAGCGGGACCGAGCUCAUCUUGUACAGGAGAAUUGCCGAGGUGAAGGCGAAGGAGAGGAUGAAGGCCUUGGGGGAAAUCCUAUAUGCCUUGGUCGUCAAGAAAUUUGUAGACGCAGAAGUUUCCUUGGUUUCAUCAAUGUCCCAAUCCUCAAAUGAGCCCGAUGAGGUUGGUCACUGGCCAUCAUUGGAAGAGAAGUUCCAGACUUUGCAUUCUCCCGAGGCAUUUGAGAUGAUCAGGAACCACUUAUCUGUUAUAUUGGGAAAUCGAUUGGAAGAUUCGAGCUCCAUUGCUUCCAUUAGCAGGCUCCAAGUUGGGCAAGUCUAUGCGGCCACUGUACUCUAUGGCUACUUUCUCAAAAGAGUGGACCAGCGUUUUCAGCUUGAUAAGUACAUGAAAACUCUUCCUUGGGGUUCAGAAGAAGAGGGUCAGUCGGCUAAGGCAGCAUCGACGGAGGCCGCAGCACCGGCUUCGAGCCCCUCUGCUCAGGUGAGUAGCUCCCAUCCUGAGGAGCUCUCAGCAAGCUUCAGUCAUGGUGGUUUUGCUGAUAGGAUUAAGCCAUGCCGAUUGAGGACUUAUGUGAUGUCUCUGGACUCUGAGACCCUGCAGAAGUUUGCUUCUGUGAGAUCAAAGGAAGCUUUUAGCAUCACUGAGAAGCAUACGGAGGCAUUAUUUGGGAGGCCGGAGGUCUUCAUUACACCACAGGGGGCCAUUGAUUCAUCCAAAGAUGACCUUAUUAAGCUCAGCUUUUCUGGCUUGAAGAGGCUGAUCUUGGAGGCUGUAACGUUUGGCUCCUUCCUGUGGGAUGUGGAGAGCUAUGUGGAUUCAAGGUAUCAUUUUGUGACUUCUUAAGUAGAUUGGAAAUGGAAGUGGUGGGCAUGAGAGAGCGAAUUAUUACGUCCGGACAUCCAAUCCAUACGCACCACGUCACCCAAAUACACUUGAACCCGGUGUAUUUUGGUGAUGUGGCGCGACUAGAUUGGUUUCCGGAUGAAUCUGAACACCGGACUUAAUAAUUUGCCGCAUAAGAGAGCUUCUCAAUUCCAUUGAGAAAAAUGCUUUGUAUGGGUUUAGAAAUUGGUAGUUCUAUAAAUGAAUUAAUACAAGAUGCUUUUUUUUUAAUGGAAA